UGGUAUCCUGGAAUCGUCAUGAUUUGCAGUUACACGCAUGCGCACAGAGCCCUGCAAGCGAUGGUAAAAUUCCUGACUUUUAAGCGAUGUGCAGGGUUGGAUGGAAAGUUAUCUCGAUAAAACUGGCUAUCAGGCUAACAUUAUCGAUACUUAGCAUCGUCACUGUCACUCGCUAGUCACGCCGAUCUGUUUAGGUGUAGUCAAUACGCGCGAUCGUCGUUCAUAUUAAGAGUAAAGCACAUCUUCCUCUUGCUAACUCUUAGCUAGGUAGCAUUAGGUAGCUAACACUAGCAUGUUACAUUUCGCCUGGUCUUGUGUUUAUCAAGGUAGCUAGGUAGGUAUCCGGCUCAGGUGUUGCAGAAAGUAGCUAAUCAUCGGGGGUCGCUGACGUUAACCUUUCGGGAAGAGCUGCAUAGAAAUCAUCACUGUAAAUCGGCGUGUCAGUCCAGACUGCUGCUCCUGUGCCGACUGACUGAGCCGGUUUAAUUUGGGUGGAACAGCUGGUCAAACCUGGCCGCUCAUUGAUGGCAUCAGAAAAUAUCUUACUCACCCACGAUUCAGCAUGUCACAACCUCUUCACUGGAAACAGGAGUACCUCUUCAGUGGUGUGAAUGACGGAGAUAUGGCAGACCACACCCCACCUCUGGAGUCCGGCCAGCUUCUCAGCCCUGAACUCCCAAUUCUGGCCUCACCACCACCCCCAGCCAUGGUCAAUGGGGAUGGCCCCCAGCAGGUAAUCCUGGUGCAGGUAAACCCAGGUGAAGCCUUCACUAUUCGACGAGAGGAUGGUCAGUUUCAGUGUAUCACAGGUCCUGCUCAGGUUCCCAUGAUGUCUCCAAAUGGUUCAGUGCCUCCAAUCUAUGUGCCUCCUGGAUAUGUUUCACAGAUCAUAGAAGAGAACGGAGUGCGGCGGGUUCUGGUUUUACCUCAGCAACCAGAGUUCCACCCAGGGGGCCACUCCCCUCUCCACCACCCUCCACCUCCACCCCAUGCCCACCUGCCUGCCUUCAUCCCACACCCUGCCAUGAUGCCGCCGCCACCCCACCUGUACACGGGCAUGGCGGGGGGCGUGGGCGACAUGAGCUCUCAGUACAUCUCCCAGUACCAUCCGGCUCAUAUCUACUCAGAGCAGGUCUCUACAGAUUCUCACUCCCAACAUGGACGGCCGCUGUUUUCUCACAGAGAUGACAGAACUAGCAAAACGUACGAGCGUCUGCAGAAGAAACUGAAGGACCGUCAUGGAGGCGGAGGAGGAGGGCAGGUGAAGGACAGCCCUCCCCCUUCGCCGCAGAAGACUUGCAGCAGCCCCCCAACAGUGGACAUUCACAACGGGGUCGGGGGGAAAGGGGUGGAGGCGGAGCAGGGGCAGCUCAGCCAUGCAGUGGCCGGCCCGGACAAGCAGACAGGCAGGGGGAAGAAUGGAGAGUCGGGAGAGCUGGACGAGGAAGCUCAGGCCCUGCAAGCACUAAUGAGUACCAUCAGUACACCAGUGGUGUCAGACACCCAGGCCAGAGGAGCAGUAGCAAGCUGGAGUGCGCCCACCAAGCCAGACGGUGAGAACAGCAGUGUGGAGGGCGAAUGCAGACCACUGGAGCCCCUCAGUUACGAGGUCUCCAUCUCAUUUAGUGGCAAAGAUGGGAAGUACAACAGCAUGUACUGUGGAGAAGAACUAAGUGCUCCUUUAGAAGACCUUCGACCAGCAACAGACUACCAUGUCAGGGUCCAGGCCAUGUGUAACUGUUUACAGGGAAGCCCGUCAGAGGCUGUGAGCUUCACCACUUUAAGCUGUGAGCCGGAGCCUCCCAAUGCUCCCAGGAAGGCCAGUGGGACCAAGAACACACUCGUACUCCAGUGGAAGGCUCCAUGCGACAACGGUUCUAAAAUCCAAAACUACAUUCUUCAAUGGGAUGAGGGGAAGGGCACUGGGAUUUAUGAGCAGUGCUACUAUGGACCUCAGAAGCAGUACAGAGUGACCAAGCUUUCCCCAGCUUCAAGAUACUCCUUCCGCCUUGCAGCUAAGAAUGACAUGGGUGCAAGCGAGUUCAGUGAAGUGGUGGACCUGUUCACCUCAUGCAGUGUGCCAUUGCCACCCUUCCCUCCAGAGCUGGAGAUGGCAGGGGUGACCUGGCUGUGUAUGAAGUGGCAGAGGCCCACUAGCUCUCCAAAGGAGGAUGACAUCUACUAUAUUUUGGAGAUGGAGGAGGAAGGCUCGGGAUAUGGCUUCCAGCCAAGCUACGACGGCGAUGAGCUCUCCUGCACUGUCAAGAAUCUCCACAGGAGUACCAAGUACAAGUUUAGGGUGGCAGCAUACAACUCAGAGGGGAAGAGUAACCCCAGCCAGGUGGUCGAGUUCAUCACAAACCCAGACAGACCCAGCAGUCCCUGCAGGCCUGUCAUCAGAGGAAGAGUCCUGCCCAACAGCUUCAAGAUGACCUGGGAGCCCCCGAAGGAUAAUGGCGGAGCGGAAGUCACAAAGUAUGUUGUUGAGCUGUCUGAGGGCUUAAGCGGCUUGUCAUGGGAGCUGGUGUACUCGGGGCCAGCUAUGGAGCACGUGUGUGAAGGCUUGAAGCCCGGCUGCUCCUACCAGACCCGAGUUUACUGCAUGAGCGAGGGGGGGCAGAGCCCGCUGUCGGAGACCCUGCAGGUCCAGACUCCCGCAGUGCCCCCAGGGCCCUGCCAGCCCCCUCGGCUGGUGGGCAAACCCAAAGCCAGGGAGGUGCAACUGCGCUGGGGUCCCCCUCAGGUAGAUGGAGGUAGCCCGGUGUCCUGCUACAGUGUAGAAGUGAGUGGGCUGCAGUCUGAGGAGAGCAGAGAGGUUUACCAGGGUCCAGAGCUGGACUGCUCUGUGGGAGGCUUAAUGCCUGGCAAAACCUACAGCUUCCGGCUCAAGGCAGCAAACAAGGCUGGGUUUGGACCUCUUUCGGAGCGCUGUGACGUCACAACUGGCCCCGGGGCCCCCGAGCAGUGCAAGGCUCCUUCCACCACAUGCAAAUCCCCCAGCUGUGUUGUUGUGAGCUGGGAGGCCCCUCCUUGCAAUGGAGCUCCAGUGACAGAGUUUCGUCUAGAGUGGGGAGCUGCUGAGGGCAGCAUGCAGGUGUGUUACAGUGGGCCCGGGCUCAGCCAUGAAAUGAAGGGGCUGCUGCCUGCAACCAACUACUUCUGCCGGGUACAGGCUGUGAAUGUGGCUGGUGUGGGGCCCUUCAGUGAGGCUGUGUUGUGCCAGACGCCCUGCUCUGUGCCUGCAGCCGUCAGCAACAUCUACGCACUGAAGGAGUCCGAACUGCAAAGGUACGAGACCCCAGUGGAUGCAGAUGAAGACGAGGAAGAUGAGGACGGCAGUUCCCAACCGCCACCGCUCUACUCUCCGUCCACCUGCCUGGGCAUUAGCUGGGACCCCCCAUGUGAUCAUGGCUCUGAGAUAACGUCCUACCUGAUUGACCUCGGAGAGCGCCAGCCCAUUGUUGUUGAUCCCGUCACCAAACAUGUCAUCCAGCAUCUGCAGCCUGACACCAGCUACAGGAUCCGAAUCCAAGCCCUGAACAGCCUGGGAGCAGGCCCCUUUAGUCACACCUUUAAGCUGAAGACGAAGCCCCUGCCCCCGCAGCCACCCCGCCUGGAGUGCACCGCCUUCAGCCACCAGACCCUCAGGCUCAAGUGGGGCGAUGGCCCUGCCAAAGCCGCCACCUCAGACGCCCUCCAGUAUCAGCUGCAGAUGGGGGACAAGAGCGGCAGAUUUAUAUCCUUGUAUAAAGGACCCUGCCACACACACAAAGUCCAGAGGCUUAAUGAGUCUACCUCUUAUACGUUCCGCAUCCAGGCCUUUAAUGAGGCGGGCGAAGGGCCCUUCUCCAAUGUUUACACAUUCUCCACCCCACGCUCUCCUCCAGCCCCUGUGAAAGUCCCUAAAGUGGAGCGUCUUGAUGACAACUCGUGUGAAGUCACAUGGGAGGCCCUGCCGCCCAUGAAGGGGGACCCUAUCAUCUACACAUUGCAGUGCAUGAUGGGAAACUCCGAGUUUAAACAGGCAUACAAAGGCUCUGCAACGUCCUUUCAUGUCCAGAGCCUGCAGCCCAACAGCGAUUACCGUUUCCGGGUGUGUGCUAUCCGGCAGUGCCAGGACGCCCCUGAGCUGAGCGGCCCCUACAGUCCCACAGUGACACUCUCCCCCCAGCGAAACGACGUGGCUGUGAGCGGCGGUGCGUCCGGGGCCAGGGCCGGCACAGAGUCCAACCGAGCCAGACGGAGCUUGACGGAUGAGCAGUGCGCUUUCCUCCUCCUCAUGGUUUUUGCUGUCAUCGCCAUCCUCAUCGCUUUUGUCAUCCAGUACUUUGUCAUUAAAUAA